CAGGCGCAUCGACGGCAGGCCUAUAUAUUGAGUUUGCUUACAGACAGGCAAGUGAUCCCCCUGCAGCACACACAAACACACUUGUCCUAACGUUACAUUAUCAACGACUGCUAAUCAUGGAGCCUGGAAUUUGGAAUGACAUAAUCUUCGAAAACAGCACUGACAACAUCUCAGAGGAUUCUGGAGACUUUGAGCUGGACUUCCAGGAGCCAUGUGGCAGAGCUCUCAGCAAAAACUUCAAUAAGAUCUUCAUACCAACAGUUUACGGAAUUAUAUUUAUCCUGGGAGUCAUUGGCAAUGGAUUAGUCGUCAUUGUCAUGGGCUACCAAAAAAAGGUCAAAACGAUGACGGACAAGUACCGGCUCCAUCUCUCCGUGGCUGACCUCCUGUUGGUCCUCACGCUGCCCUUCUGGGCCGUGGAUGCAGCCAGCUCCUGGUACUUUGGAGGUUUCCUCUGUGUGUCUGUGCAUGUGAUCUACACAGUGAACCUAUACAGCAGCGUGUUGAUCCUGGCCUUCAUCAGUCUAGACAGAUACUUGGCAGUUGUGCGGGCCACCAACAGUCAAGCCACAAGGAAGCUGCUUGCGUCCAAAUUGAUCUACGUAGGUGUGUGGCUGCCUGCAGCUGUGCUGACUAUACCUGACCUGGUGUUUGCCAGGGUGCAAAACACAGGGUCGUCAAGCUUCCUAAUUUUCGACGAAAGCAUGGAGACGGCAGACUCCAGGAUCCUCUGCCAGCGCAUUUACCCACAGGACACCAGUUUCACAUGGUCAGUGGUUUUCCGCUUCCAGCACAUCCUGGUGGGCUUCAUUCUGCCCGGUCUGGUCAUCCUCAUAUGCUACUGCAUCAUCAUCAACAAGCUGUCGCGAGGCACCAAGAUCCAGGCUCUGAAGAAGAAAGCGCUGAAGACCACAGUUAUCCUCAUCGUUUGUUUUUUCUCCUGCUGGCUGCCCUACUGUCUUGGCCUCUUUGUGGACACCCUGAUGAUGCUGGAAUUCCCACCUGGGUUCACUCCCAGCUGUGAUUUGCAGCAAGCGGUGGAGAAGUGGAUUUCUAUCACAGAGGCGCUGGCCUAUUUUCACUGCUGCUUAAACCCCAUCCUCUAUGCUUUCCUGGGAGUUAUGUUCAAGAAAUCAGCCAGGAGUGCACUGACAGCCAGCAGCCGAUCAAGUCAAAAAGUGACACUCAUGACAAAAAAGAGAGGGCCAAUUUCAUCCGUGUCCACUGAGUCUGAGUCCUCAAGUGUUUUGUCAAGUUAACAAACACUCAAACUCAGAGUCCGUGACUUGAUACCCUCAGGCGAUAAAGAAAAACUAAGCUUUAAUUUUAAAGAACUUACUACAUUUUGUACACAUGUAAAAAAAUAGUUUUUGAUUUGUUUGCCUUGUUUACUGCAAUUGUAUCUUGUGAUUGUUUCUAUGCUAUUGGUGCAACUUUUAUGUUCCUCAAAGCAGAUUGUAUCUGCAGGCAGUGCCUAAUUUCCAUUUCAACUCCAUUUUCCCCCAUGUUCAUCUUUACAAUCUGUGCUGCUGUAUCAAAGCUCAGGCAUACAAGGCCCUAUUCUGUAUUCAUGGAUGGUAGCUGCUCUUGAAAACCUGUAUAUAGUUUGUAGCAUUUGUGUGUUCGCACUUAAGUUGUGUGAUUAUCUGAAAGCUAUUAUUUAUUGCUGUCAUUCACACUGGAAGUUUUGUAAAAAAAUAAAAAGUAAAAAAAAUAAACUGCAUGCUGCUAUUUUUUUUACAGUUUUCAAUUUGUUUUUUUAUGUAAAAAUAAAGAAUUCAGUGCUUCUCAUAA